AUGAGUCAAUGGAUGAGCGAGUUUCUUGUUUCACUGCCGUUUAUUCUGCGAUCAGGACCAUACUGUGUUUACUCACCAUGGAUGAUGAUUUACUUAUGCGCUUCGGUAAUUAUUGUACCUUCAUUUGUGAAUGCUAUUUUGAAUAUUGGUAUCUUUAUCUAUAUCCGAUCACAUAGCCGUCGUGUUCAGACUGCACCCCGUAUUAUUAAAAACACGAUUCUAAAUAAUAGGCAACAGCAACAACAAAGAUUAUCAUUGCUGAGUCGUCGUGAAAUUUCUUUGUUACGACACAUGAUUUUUAUGUUUAUCAUGAUUAUUGGUUGCUGGGGUCAAGGUUAUUUUCUCUUAGUCAUCGGUCAAUUUGUAUAUAUUCCUAGAAUUGUACAUGAAUGUGCAGCAAUAUUGUGUGAAUUAGCCGUCUUGGCUUUGGCUAUUAAUUUAUUUAUGUGUAAUAGUGAUUUACGACAACAUUUAUUUAAUAAACUAUGUGGUCGUGUUGCCCGUUAA